GAUUGAAACUGCAAUAUAUGAACUGUGCAAGUAACAAUAAUUGUUACAGUAAUAUUUUGUGUAGUGUUUGUAUUUAGUUUAUUUUAAGUAAUUAGUAUAAGAUUUAAUGAAUUUGAAAAAUUAUUUAAUGAAUUAGUACAAGAUUUAAUAACGCGUAUCAUUUGUAUAUUGGUAUUUGUAUUAUCGUGAACAUUUUUUCGUUUACCUCACCUAACCAAAUUUCCACAUGUUUUUUUGUUUACUAACUGCUAAGUAGUAAAAAUUAAAAAUUCUAAUAAUUACAUCCGAUGCACUUUGGAAGUAAAUUAAGAUGAGUAAAAAACGUAACCGAGAACCAGAUGUAAAUGGAGAAUUAAGUGAAGGUUCAACAGAUUCUUGUAACGAAUCCAAUACUACAGGUAAUAAAUGUCCACAUAUUCCAAAGGCAGUGAAUUUUAAUAAAAUUAAGAAAUGUAUUAAUAAAGUGGGAAUUAGCAUAGAAUGUUCAAUAUGUAAAAAGUGUAAAAAUUCAUCAAAAAUUGAUGAUGAGGAAUGUGUAACAAAUUCAGCGAUAUUGAUUUGCUUACAAUGUGGGCAUCAAGGUUGUGGAAGAGAAGAAUGUGGUCAUGCUUUGGAACAUUAUAAGAAGCCACAUAGUGAUUGCCAUGUCAUGGUUGUUGAAAGUCUUUAUUGGAGUGUUUGGUGUUUUCAAUGUGAAAGAAAGAUUAAUGUUGGAUAUAAAAAAAAGCUGCAAGAAACAGUGGAGUUCAUAAAAAGAUCUACUACAAUAACAAAUUCGUUACAAAUUAAGACUUCAACAACUCAACAUCAAAAAGAAACCACAGAUAUAGAUAAAGAAAAAAAAUUGCAUAAUUUGCCGAAAGUAGGGGGUUUACUGAAUUUGGGGAACACCUGCUUUUUAAAUGCAGUUCUGCAAUGUUUAGCACAAACUCCUUUCUUAGUCAAAGUUCUUGAUGAUUUACGUCUUCCUGGACAAAAAUUCAUUUUACCAGGAGGCAAGCAUAAAUUUGCUAAUUCAGAGGAAGUAGAUCUACCUCCAAUAGAGGGUGUUUUAGAAGGCUGGGGAAGUUUUACCUCAAUUUUAUACAAAACACUUACAGAAAUGCAAAAUACUGAUGGACGCCAAUCUUAUCGACCAUCAGAGUUAUUAAACUCAUUUAAAAAGAAAACGAUGCAAUGUAUGGAUGGAGGACAACAUGAUUCACAUGAACUUCUUAGACAUCUACUAGAAAUAGUACGAAAUGAAGACCUCAGAAGGUAUCAGAGUAUAAUUCUGAAAGAAGUUGGCUUGAAUGAAAAAACUAACCCAGAGGCUGUAGAAGAAAGUCUCAAAUCUCGUGUAAAAUUCUAUGGAAAUCAGGCUAGUUUAAGAUUACUUGGACCAGAACUUGUUUUUCGUGGAGUUUUGGUUUCAACGUUAGAAUGUCUGGAUUGUCAUCAUUCUUCACAAAGUACAGAACCCUUUUUAGAUCUCAGUUUGCCGGUUAUGGCCGAUAAACCGCAGCCACCAGUUUUAAAAAGAAAGAACAAUGGCUCUGAAGAUACGUUUGAUAUAGUCGGAAAUAAUAUUUCACAUGUACCUUCAAAACAUCAAUUGAAAAAAGAAAAAAAAGCUGCCCGAAAAAACCGAAAAAGUAAAAAACAAGACAUUCGUAAUCAGAAUGAUACUUUUAUAUGUGACAAAAGUAAUACUGUCGAAGAAAAUAAUGGCGUACUUGAGUCAGAAGAGAGUGAUGCGGAUGUGGAAGAUAAUGCAGAAAUUGAAGGUCUUCUUCCAGAAAUUGGUGAAUCAGGUUAUAGUUCAGAAAAACAAUCUACGUUAGCAAGCCCAGCUUCUCCAUCAAUUGAUACAAUGAAAACAACGGAAGCUACUAACGAAGUACCAUUAGAUAAUUAUUUACAAUUUAGUACAACAAAUAAUAUUUCCUUAGUACAGCUUCUAAAUCGUUUUGAUACAAAUUCAUUGCCCAGUCCGAGUUUAAAUGUAUGUACACCGAAUUCGUCACAAACAAAAGCUUUAGAUGCUCCAGAUAGUUCUGAAAGCUUGGAAAAUGAAAGUGGAAUCCAAACCAGAUAUUCUAUAUCUACUUCUUUAGCAAUAAGUUCAGAUUUAACGAGUCCAGAAAUUCCAACUAUUAAUUUUAAGCCGAUUAUGUUAAAAGAAAAUACAGAUUCUAUGACUACUUUAAAUAUAGCAAAUGGUGAAAGUAUGGAAGAUACUAAAGAAAAUACUAGUCUAGAUUUAACAGAGUCUGUUAAUCGUCACAUUGAACAAGAAGAUUCUACGAAAAAGGAAAGGAGAAAAACAGAGGAACAUUCAAAUGAUAUUAAUGGUGGAAUUGAUAACAUCACUUCUGGAAUUUCAAAAAUAGGCAUUAGUGGUAGUCUUCAACAAUCGCCUACUAGAUAUUCAACCAAGGAAGGAGAAUGUUCAAUACAAUCUUGUUUAAAUCAAUUUACAGCUUUAGAAUUGAUGAGUGGUAGCAAUAAAGUUAGAUGUGAAGCUUGUACUGCCAAAGAAAAAAAGGUGAAACCAAAUUGCAAGAUGGUAUGCACCCCAAGUACGAAACAAUAUCUGAUUUCUCGUGUACCCGCGGUUCUAAUCUUUCAUUUGAAACGAUUUCAAGCACAACGAGUCGAUUUCCGAAAAGUAACAAGACAUGUUUCAUUUCCAAUAUUGCUUGAUCUAGCACCUAUCUGUAAAAAUCAUAAAAAAGCUAGAGUUUAUGCACUUUAUGGUGUUGUUGAACAUAGUGGAACGAUUCAUGGUGGACAUUACGUUGCUUACGUAAAGUCACGGUUACCACUAACAUCAGAUGAUUCUCGAUGGUCGUUCCUGCCAGCAAAUGAUGUUAAAGAUACGCAUGAAAGUUCAUAUUCUUCAAGUUCUGAGUCUGAGACUGAAGAAGCAGCUGCAGCUCCUUUAUCAACAAUAGAACCACCUCCUGGUAAAUGGUAUCAUGUUUCGGAUUCUAGGUAAAUUUUAUUUAUAUAUAUAUUAUAUGAUUAAUUAAUAGAUCAAGCUAUAGUAUGUGGAAGAUCAUGUGAAAUAUAGAUAAUAGAUUAUGGAUACGUUUAUAUACAUUUACAGGAAAUUUGAGGAGGGAAAAAUAAAUAUUCACAAUAUGUGAUGAUUUUAUAUUAUGUAGCGGGUGGGAAAUUUUUUCUUGAAACUUGUAAAAAUGUACUUAAUAUAUAAAAUUGAAAUUUUAUUUAACGUAAAUAUCUCUUAAGAAAGAGAAUUGUUUGCAUAUUUAUAAAAUUUCAAAUUUUUUCAGAAUUUUACUAUUAAAGAAAUUAAUAUCUUUGAAGAUUCAUAUAUAAAUUGCUUUUUAUAAUAUAGUUUUAUUGAAUGUGUUUGUAAAAUGAAAUAAAUUUAUUGCUAUUGGAAUGCUGCUGCUAAUUAUUGUUAUAUACAGUUAACUUAAAAGAGUUAGCAUUUAGUUUUAUAUGGAUACAGGUGAAUCGAAUUUGUAAUUUGAUUUUAUGUUUCAGAGUAACGGAAGUCGAUGAAACAACUGUGUUACAAAGACAAGCCUACCUCCUAUUUUAUGAAAGAAUUCUUUGAGCAUUUUGAUCUUCUUCAGUCCUUGUUUGAAACAUCGACGAAAUUUGGAUUUUGCAUCAAUGAAACAAAUCGGGUGAAAAAUAAUAGAAUUUUAAAAUACUAUAAACUACGAUUAUUUAUAUUAAUUAUGAGCAAGACUAUAGUUUAUUUCUGGAGUUUGCGAUUUCAAUAUAAAAUAUCAAAUUUGUAAUUUGAUGAAUGUGUAGAUUAUUAACUAUCCCAAGUGGAAAUUUUUAUUAAAAUCAUUUCUUAUUUUAAUUAAUUAUAUUUUAAGAAAGUAUGCAUCAUAUUUUUUAAAAACUAAAGAAUCUAUUAUACUCACUAGAACAUUAUUAUAAAAUGUUUAUUUUGUGCUCUUCCAUUUGAUAUAAUAGAUAAUUGUUAUUUCUACUUUGAUACUGCAGUCUUUUAACAAAAUCUUAUAAUAUUAAAUUAUUUAAAAAAUUUUAGAAUGUUAAAAUUCUAA